UUCAGGUCUCCCCUCCUCCGAUCGACAUCCGUACGUCCGCCGGAAAAUCAUGGGCAAGGGUCCAGGUCUUUACACCGAGAUCGGCAAAAAGGCCAGAGAUCUUCUGUACAAGGACUACCAGAGUGACCACAAGUUCACCAUCACCACCUACUCUCCGACUGGUGUCGCAAUCACGUCCACUGGUAUAAAGAAAGGUGAUCUGUUUCUGGCUGAUGUGAACACCCAGCUGAAGAAAAAUAACAUCACAACUGAUAUCAAAGUGGACACUGGGUCCAAUCUUCUUACCACCAUUACUGUUGAUGAACCUGCUCCUGGGCUGAAAACAAUCCUUAGCUUCAGGCUCCCUGAUCAGAGGUCUGGCAAGGUUGAACUCCAGUAUUUGCAUGACUAUGCUGGGAUCAGCACAAGUGUUGGAUUGACAGCAAAUCCAAUUGUUAACUUCUCUGGUGUGAUUGGAAGCAAUGUUCUUGCACUUGGUGCUGAUCUUUCAUUUGACUCCAAGACUGGAGAUUUCACUAAGUGCAAUGCUGGAUUGAGCUUCACCAGUGAUGAUCUCAUUGCUUCAUUGACACUGAAUGAUAAGGGUGAAUCUUUAAGUGCCUCCUACUACCAUAUGGUGAGCCCCUUGACUGCCGUUGGUGCUGAGGUAACCCACAGUUUCUCAACCAAUGAGAAAGCCCUCACUUUUGGAACUCAGCACUCGUGGGAUCCAUUGACUGUGCUGAAGGCAAAGGUGAAUAACUCUGGUAAAGCUAGUGCUCUUGUCCAGCACGAGUGGCGACCAAAAUCUUUUCUCACAGUAUCAGGAGAGGUUGAUACUAAGGACAUUGGAAAGUGCACCAAGGUUGGAUUGGCUUUGGCCCUCAAGCCCUGAGCUAUCCACGUCAUUUUGGAAUUGAAUGUUAGGUCUCAAGGGUGCAUUGUAAGUCUGUUCCAACUUACUUUUAAAUCUUUUAUUUCGCCCCAGCAACUUCUUCAUCGUUACUCUUGAGUUGUAAAAUAAAAAAACCAAAUUGGAGAUGGCAUGGCGAUAUAAACCAAAGCCUUCACUUUCAAAACUGGCCCAUGUUUUACCGAGGAGAAAUACUCGUGCCUUGUUUCAAGAGUUCUG